AUGCCAGCAAGAUCCACUGCUCAGCUGGCCUGGCUCUGCAUUGUCACUGUGUCUGUGGCCACCUCCCCAGCACUGCUGCAGAAGCCUCCGAAACGCAGAACGCUCAACGGGAACGCCCCGUCCAAGGUGGCAGCCUGCUGUGAGGAGAUCAAGGAGCUCAAGCUGCAGGUAGCCAACCUGAGCAGGAUGCUGCAAGAGCUGAGCAAGAAGCAGGAAGGUGACUGGGUGAACGUGGUCAUGCAGGUGAUGGAGCUGGAAGGGAGCACCAAGCAGAUGGAGUCCCGCCUGGUCGAUGCCGAGAGCAAAUACUCCGAAAUGAACAACCAGAUUGAUAUCAUGCAACUCCAGGCAGCUCAGACGGUCACACAGACUUCAGCUGAUGCUGUGUAUGACUGCUCAUCCCUUUACCAGAGGAACUACCGAAUCUCUGGUGUUUACAAGCUACCUCCCGAUGAAUUUUUGGGGAGUCCAGAUCUGGAGGUGUUCUGUGACAUGGAGACUGAUGGAGGUGGCUGGACUAUCAUCCAAAGACGUAAAGUUGGUUUGACAUCUUUCAAUAGGGACUGGAAACAGUACAGGGAUGGAUUUGGCAAUAUUCGGGGAGACUUUUGGCUGGGAAAUGAAAACAUCUACCGACUGUCGAGACGCCCCACGGUUCUGCGAGUGGAGCUGGAGGACUGGGAAGGCAACACACGUUAUGCCCAGUAUAAGCAAUUCACCCUGAGCAACGAAUUAAACAGCUACCGCCUGUUUGUGGGCAACUACUCUGGCAACACAGGGCGAGACUCCCUAAGGUACCACAACAACACAGCCUUCAGCACGAAGGACAAGGACAAUGACAAGUGUGUGGAUGACUGUGCCCAGUUCCGUAAAGGUGGAUAUUGGUACAACUGCUGCACAGAUUCCAACCUGAACGGGGUUUACUACCGCAAAGGAGAGCACACCAAGAACAUGGAUGGCAUCACCUGGUACGGCUGGCACGGGUCAACCUAUUCACUGAAGAGAGUUGAGAUGAAGAUCCGGCCAGAGGAUUUCAAACCCUAG